AUGUGUUUUUUGUUUAUUUUGCUAGAUUGCCCCCCUCCCCUCAAUUUUGUUUGAAAAGUAGAGGUAGGCUACAACUUGAGUUACUCCUUGGUCAUUUGUAAUUGUUUUGACUUGUUACAAGUGCUGCUUGGUACUUGGUAGGGCGGGGAUGGAGUUGAAGUUGAUUCUGAUUUGAGAAUGAGACUGAUAUAGAUUGAAAUGCUAGAGACUGAGAGUUGAGCUCCUUGUCCUUUCUUCGGUCUGUCAUCUAGCAAAAAAAGAAAAAAAGAAAAAACUUAAAGCAUUAUUAUAAAAGGCAUUGAAAGGCCAAAAUCUGAAACUCAUUAACUUCCUAGGGAAGCAAAUGUUGAUGAGAGCUCCUCCCUCGUCUCAUGACUGAGCAGACCAAGCAAGAAGAGUGCAAGACUAAACUUUUAAAAGAUAUGGAUAGAGAGAUGGAUUUGAAUUCGUUACGCUGUGACUGUGAUUGUUUUGACGAAGAGCUUAAUGCAGAAUGUUUAUUAGAAGAGGCAGAGUAUGAUUCAGAGUCAUCAGAUGUCGUACGGGUUAUAUAUGGCAACAAUGGCAAUGCUUUGUUUGAAGAACGCUUAACAAUGGCGGCUAAUCUUGUUGGUAUGGCCUUUAUACCCUACUAUGAUCAUUUGAUGGGGAUACUGAAGACAAAUCCUGAACUAGCAAAAACGGCCAAAGGCAUUUUCAAGCAGGUGGCAUGGGGAGCUGCAGGUACAGUGGCUGGAGCAGCAUUUGGUGGACCUUUUGGGGCGAUGGUUGGCGGAAUUGCUGGGUCAAUGCUUGGCUACAGAAUGAGUGAUGACUACCAGUCUCUCAUUGACGUUCUUCAAGACCUUACAGAGGAAGACAAAGAGGAGCUUGUGAAGAGAGUGCAGGAGCUGGUGGGAAGCUCAUCAAUAGAGGCUUUGACCCGCUAUAUUGGAACUCAAGCCCAGCGGUCAGCUUUGCUUAAUUUGCUCAGGUCUGCUGCAACAGACCUUGGCAAGGGAGGAUAACCCGCUUUUUGCUUUUAAAAAAUUGUGUGUGUUGAGUUUUUGUUGCUUUUUUUACUGUACUGUUGAUGAGGAGAUAAUUAAGUUUGUGUUGCCAGGCUAAAACAUGAGAAUACAAUUUUUAGUGUAAUGUAGGCCUACUUGGUAUACAAAACUAUUGAAACUUGGGCGUUUCUCUAUUCAUGUUUCCAUACGAGGGACAUACCCAAAGUGUUUUUUUUACCUGACCAUAAAGGAAUAAAGGCAGAAAGCUGAAAUUUGGCACUAACCUUAAUCUUUC